AUGUUGGUAAAGCAGGAGAGCACUUAUAAAUCUGUGUUCAUACUGGCGCGUACCUUUAGAAGAGCCUGUCAAGGAUAUUUAUUUGAGGUCAAAAUAGGGCAAGGAUCAGGAGAUAUUAUGGGGGCAAGAGAAGGAAUACCAGUCCCAAUAGAUGCUCAAGAUCGACCCCCACUGCUUCAUCCUGUAACCAAGUUCUUUGAUGAUGAGAAGAGUCAUACGGUUUUCAGUUACAAUGGUUCUUUGGUGGCUGUGACGUUCAACGGCCCCUCCAAGUUAUAUAUGUUGGUAACUGCUUCUGUUGAACCUAAGCCGGAAGGGCGUGUUUUCGACACAGAGACCAAGUCAUUCUAUAAUUUCAAACGCCCCAAAUCAUUCGGGAGAGGGGCAAAUUUGAUCCCUGCGUAUGGGAAGCUUUAUCAUCUUGGAAGGUGGGGACUUAGAGAAGGACCAGCGUUUGAGCGGUAUGAUCCCUGCAAUGACUGUUGGGAGCCCCUGCCACAUGCUCCUGCUGAACUCUUUCGGGGCAUAUGGACGGUAACUGGUUAUGCCAUUUACGGCGAUAAUAUUUUGGUUUCAUUUAGGCCCUACAGAGAUAAUGUUUUUGCUUUUCAUGUAAUUGAAAAUAAAUGGCAUCCUGUGUCGGGUAGCAUCUCUAUUCGGGGGAGGGCUGUGGUUGUAGGUGAUACCAUCUAUGCCUUAAGCACCGCAUUCCAGAUGGUUAAGUUCUCCUUUGAUUCUAGUAUGUAUUCUAUCUAUAACCACAAAGCAGAGUAUAUGGUUCAUUUGGGGAACUUGGAAUUUUGUCGUGUCUGCACUGCCGUCGAUAACUCUGGUGGUGGUCGUCAACCUAUUUGGAUCACCACCUUCCAAAUUGUGGACAGUCCCCAUAUCAAGAUCUUGCAUUCAGCUGUUUUUGAUGUGGACAUGACCGAUUACUACAUCUAUUAUAGCUUCACUCCAGAUUGCGAGGAUGACGAACCCAAAGGAGAAGAAACUAAGGGACCACAGGAAAAGAGAUGCAAGCGGAAAAGAGACUGCAUAGAGUAG